GCCCAGGGUCGCCUCCUUCCAUAGGUCCCGCCCCUUCGCAACCCCGCUCCUAAUCGGUCCCGCUCCUCCGCUCCGCCCUCCCCGCGUGUGGGCUAGUGGGGCUUCCCUCCGAGCUGCGCACUCGACAGAUGUUUCUCCGUGCAGUUGGCUGUGGACCGACGUUGCUCUUCCGCACUCCCGGGCUUGCAGCGGUUGCCGCCAUGAGCACUGGCACCUUCGUCCAGUUGGAGCCGCUCAACUACCGCGGCGGGGCCCGCGUGGAGCCCGUGGACAGCAGCGGCACGGAGAAGGCCUUCGAGCCGGCCACCGGCCGAGUGAUAGCUACUUUACAGUGUUCAGGAGAAAAUGAAGUAAGUUUGGCUGUUAAAAGUGCAAAGGAUGCCUUUGAAAUCUGGAGAAAGAAAUCUGGCAUGGAGCGUGGCCAAGUCCUUUUAGAGGCUGCCCGGAUGAUAAAGGAACAAAAGGAUGCAAUUGCCAUCAUGGAGACAAUCAACAAUGGAAAGUCCAUAUUUGAGGCCCGCCUGGAUAUUGACACUUCGUGGCAGUGCCUGGAAUACUAUGCAGGCCUGGCUGCAUCCAUGGCAGGAGAGCAUGUCCAGCUCCCAAAUGGGUCCUUCGGCUACACCAGAAGAGAGCCACUUGGGGUGUGUGUGGGGAUAGGAGCAUGGAACUACCCCUUCCAGAUUGCCUGUUGGAAGUCUGCUCCUGCUUUGGCAUGUGGUAACGCCAUGAUCUUUAAGCCUUCUCCCUUCACACCCAUGUCUGCUUUGCUCCUGGCUGAGAUCUAUACCAAAGCGGGCGCGCCUCCUGGCCUCUUCAACGUGGUGCAAGGUGGGGCUGCCACAGGCCAGUUUCUGUGUCAGCAUCGCGAUGUGGCCAAAGUCUCCUUCACUGGAAGUGUGCCUACUGGCAUGAAGAUCAUGGAAAUGUCCUCUAAAGGAAUCAAACCUGUCACCUUGGAGCUUGGAGGCAAAUCUCCUCUGAUCAUCUUCUCAGACUGUGACCUGGAGAACGCUGUGAAGGGGGCAUUGGUGGCCAACUUCCUCACACAAGGCCAGGUUUGCUGUAAUGGCACCAGAGUGUUUGUGCAAAAGGAAAUUAUUGACAAAUUUACAAAAGAAGUCGUGAAGCAGACGCAAAACAUUAGAAUUGGGGACCCCCUUCUGGAAGAUACAAGGAUGGGGCCACUCAUCAAUGGCCCACAUCUGGAACGGGUCCUUGGGUUUAUAAAGUCAGCAAAGGAGGAGGGUGCUACUGUGCUAUAUGGUGGAGAGCCGUAUGAACCAACGGAUCCUAAGUUAAAACAUGGAUAUUACAUGACACCUUGCAUUUUAACUAAUUGCAGAGAUGACAUGACCUGUGUGAGAGAAGAGAUCUUUGGACCAGUCAUGUCCAUUUUACCAUUUAAAACCGAGGAUGAGGUUCUGGAGCGGGCCAAUGACACCACUUUUGGACUAGCAGCUGGCGUCUUUACCAGGGACAUCCAGCGGGCUCACAGGGUGGCAGCCGAGCUUCAGGCGGGAACAUGCUACAUUAACAACUACAACGUCAGCCCAGUGGAGUUGCCCUUUGGUGGCUAUAAGAAGUCAGGAUUUGGCAGAGAGAAUGGCCGAGUGACGAUUGAGUACUAUUCUCAGCUGAAGACGGUGUAUGUGGAGAUGGGUGAAGUGGAGUCACCUUUUUGAAAACCUGUGAAUCCCGUUCACGUAGCCAGGCUGUGCAAUGAGCUGGCUGCCUUGAUAGCAGUAUAACUGAAUAGUCCCUUACGUGCAGGCUCUGGGCCACUCAGGAGGAGAGGUUGGGGUCAGUAUUGUCCUCUGUCUUGCAGUUACCCUUCCCAAUUGAAAAUAUGCACAACUGCCUUUCAGAUACCAGCCAGGGGACUUGUUCUUCCCGCAAGUCCCUGAGAGGUCUGUACACCCCAGCAGUACACCACUCAAAAGGCAGGCCACAGCUCUGCUCACACGUCUGUCCCACCAACAAUGGCAACUUUCUAGUUUGCUCUAAAGACUCCUUCCUUCUUGGGUUCCUGAUGACUCAGUACACAUUUUCUUUGUUCAUUGACAAAAGAUUUUUUUGCGGGGGGGGGGGGG